UUCUCCAUCCUAGAGCAGAGACUGAAGGCUUCUGGGGAGAAAGUUCGAACAACUGAGACACAAGUGCUAGUGGCUACACCGCAGAAACACUUACUGGCUGCGAGACUGAAGCUCAUCUCGGAGCUGUGGGAUGCAGGGAUCAAGGCAGAGAUGCUGUAUAAGAAGGACCCUAAACUGUUGAAGCAGCUGCAGUAUUGUGAGGACAUGGGCAUCCCCCUUGCUGCCAUUGUAGGAGAGCAAGAGCUGACAGAUGGAGUCGUCAAGCUGCGAGAUGUCGCAACAAGAGAGGAGGUUGAUAUCCCAAGAGAAAAGCUUGUUGAUGAGAUCAGAAGGCGGCUGGAGCCCUAG